GCCCCGGCACUCGGCCCCUGCACUCGCUGUACUGGCAGGUGUCCCAGCUGGCUCCCCUCCGCAGCAGCAGGCAGAGGUUUCAUGCCUUCAUACUCGGUCUUCUGAACAUAAAGCAGCUGGAACUGUGGCUCUCCCACCUGCAGAAGAGCUCAGAUGUCAUCUCGGUCCUCUACCUGCCCACGGCCUUCUUCUCCCUGAGCCAAGGCCCCUUCCCGCACUUGGCCCGUGAGCUGCUGCUCCUUGUCCAGCCCCUCUCUGUGCUGACCUUCCACCUCGACCUGCUCUUCGAGCACCACCACCUGCCCGUGGAUGUGCGGCCCCUUCCCUGCAGGCCGGACUCCCCCCACAGCCACCCCCUUGGCCCUGCCCUGGUGGCUGCUCCCGCACAGAGCCGGGACCCUAGUGACCAGGCCGAGGGGGCUGAAGGCCGAGGUGGUGCUAGCCCAGAGCACCAGCUGACCACCGAUGGCCCCAGGAGGGCAGCCCUGGUGGGCUCGGAGGAAAGCGCUAGAUCCCAGUACAGCGCAGCAGCCGCCAAAUCACCCCCCAAUGCCCAGGCGGGCGUCUCCCUGAAGCAGACAUUCCAGCAGGUGCUGCAGUGGGGGGAGCAGUUCACCCAGACCCUUCUGGGACCUGAGGGUCCUGCCGAGCCUGAGAAACACCAGCAGCCUGUCCCGCAGGACACAGGAGAGAGGCGGGGCAGCUGGUGGGAGCAGCUAAGCCAGGCCUCCGGGGUCUACACCACGGCCACGAAGGAAAGGUUUCCCUUCACCCGCUGGACGAAGCUGCGGGUGGCUGCAGGGGACACCAGCUCCAGCCUAGCUGCUCCACCCCACAGAUCCAGCCAGGCUUCCGCGACUGAGUUCGGUGCUCGGGGAGGGGAGGGGGCCAGCGGCAGAGACCUGCAGCUCCUCAAGCCCAGAGCUGGGGAAGGAGGUGCCGAGGCUCCAGGUCCAACGCCCUCCAGCAAGGCAGGGAGCUUGGAGGCUCCUCAUGCUGAAGAGCUGCCGCCGCAGGCCAGGACCAAGGGAUGCGCAGGCCCCAGGGAGACUGAGCCACCGGAGCCCUCUGCCAGCAAGACACGCCUGCCUCCGUCCGAUGGGAGCCAGGCGGCCACGCCCAACCUGAACAUGGGCGGCUCCCCCAUCCGCCCUAACUGGCUGGGCCGACUCUUUGGGGCCACGUGUCCGCCUGCCAGAGGCUUCCCCGCCGACUCUGACACCAGUGCAGCCAAGUCCAGGAGACCUUCCAGCUGGCUGUCCCCCAGUGUGAACGUUCUCGCCCUGGUUCUGAAGGGGGGGCCCUCUGAGAAGGCCUGGCCUCAGGAACAGCAAGAGAAGAAUGCGUCUGACUCGCCCCAGCUGCACAGGGCUGUGCGGGCGCUGUGUGACCACACCGGGGCUGGAGACGAUCACCUGAGCUUCAGGAGAGGGGAUGUCCUGCAGCUCCUAGCCACAGUGGAUGAGGACUGGAUCCGCUGUUGCCAUGGAAACAACACUGGCCUAGUUCCUGUUGGCUACACGUCCCUGAUUUUAUGAGGAGGAAUCCCACAGGAAGCAUCUGCCGGCCCCAGGGCAAGAGCCGUGACCCUGUGAUGUCCCUAAGCAGCUUUUGGGGGCUAGUUCCAGGCCACGAGUGCGAAGGGUUCCCUGGUGUCAAUUCUCUGCUAUGUGGUAGCACCAAGACGCAGGCUCUAGCCAAGGGGCGCAGUGCCCGACGGCUCCCUGCCACCCAUGCUUCUCUGCAGCAGUACAGUUAACUUAGCUCCCGCUCUGAGCCCUGCCCCUGCAUCGCAAUGGUCCUGGUGUGUCUUUUGUGUGUUGUCUCAACUGUUGCCUUUCUGUGUCCCUCUGCUCCUGUGCAGUAAUCACACUUGAGUAUGUGUCAGCCCGGCAUGCCCGAGUGCUGCGCCCUCUCCCGCCCCCGGCUGGGUUGUGCAGCACGCAGACCCAGGCUGGAGCAGGGCAGUGGUUGGGCAACCCCAGCACCAUGUAAAUACCUGUGACCAUAGGAACAAAAAACACUGUCUGGGCAGCAAUGCGAGGGGAAAUAAAAGGUGCAACUGAAACACA